CGCGAACGUCUUCACCGUGCAAGCAUAGCGACAGCUGCGGCAAGCAAGGCUGUUCAGCGCCAUCGCACAGGCGUCUGCGCCAGGCCAACACGACUGAAGCCACCGAUGGUGAUGAUGCUUCAGCGGCUGCUGCUGUGCCUUUGCGCCGUCUUUCUCUUCGGCGUCAGCCAGGUGAGGAUCAGGAGUGCUUUUGUGGACGAAAAUAGGUGUGUUGUCAUCUCCGUACAGGCCGCGCCCAUUGAAACCUUGAUUGAGACUGUAGCGGAUGUCCUCAACCAAACAGCCGACCCAUGCACCGUACGCAGACCUCUUCUGCACAGAUCUGAGCCUGUGUUGAGAUGUGUCUGUCGGUCCAUGCAGGAUGUGGUAGAGUACUCGUGCGGCAAGUGGCGGGAAGCCUUUGAGCUGCCCAAAGAGGAGUCAAGAUGGCUGAGAGCGUUCCAUGGGCUCGACAACACAACAAAGUCAACCAACUGCGUGCACACCACUUGACAGAUCAGAACACACGGGCCAUCCACGUGUCUGCCCGCGUCUGCUUCUGUCCAACAGGCAUUUGAUCCGUGACGUCCUGGAUGGUGGCAAGUGCUCUCAGCUGCCCAAUCAAGAGGAGAAGAAAGAACCGGCAGACGGAUGGGAGGAACUGCUGUUUUGCUACUACCAGGUGACGAAACACACGCGCGAUCACACACGCGCUCAUGUCGGCUGCUGCAUACGUUGUCUGUCAUUCAGGCGUGCAUGGAUCAGGACCGCUUGGAUGAGCUGGGCAGCCAGCCUCUGCUGUCCUUCAUGGAAAGAGAGCUGCCAUUUCUACUGGAGACAGACAUCGGUGGAUGGGAAACGAUGACACCAGCUGGUCAGUCAGCCGAUGCACGUGUACAAAGGUGUGGGAACACACAUCACACACGACACGCCUACGUCUGUCUGCUUUGUUUCCCGUGUGUAUGGUAUGCAGAGAAAGGCAAAGUGAUGGCUGAGAUCCUGGCUCGCAUGCACAUUCACCCCUUUUCGCCGUUCUUCUCUGUUUACCUCGACGAGAACCCCCUUGUGGAAGAAGACAAAGUUGGGAUUGCGAUCAGCCAAGGCGGCCUUGUCCUGGACUAUGGCCAGUACGACGAGGAGAAAGUGCUUCAGGCUUACUUGGAUUAUCUCUCUGGAAGCCAGGAGCUCUUCCAAAGCGCCGUUGCUACCGGCAGUCCGCCGUCCCUCAAAGGCUCCCGCCGGGCUUUCCUGGAACCACCUGCCGCUGCUGAGGAGACACUGGACAUUGAGAAAGACCUGCAGAACAUCUCUCUCAGCCCAACAGAGAUAAAGGAUCCUGUUGCGACAACGAAUCUGAUGACCUUUGCUGACCUCAAGGACCUGAUGCCUACAUUCGACUGGGACACAUUCUUCAAGACAUUCGGUAUGGAAGCACGAAAGCACGCGGCCAAUGGUACUGCAUGAGAUAGAAUGUUCGUUGUGAUGCUUCCAUCCUUCCUUCAGGUGAUGCACUCGGCUUGCCGGCAAUGACAAACGAGACCGAGGUCAUCAUCCACAACGAGACCUACUUCCGCGAGCUUAAUAAGCUCCUCACAGAAGUGUGGGACGACAAGGCAAUCCUGGCAUACCUCCAAGGGCAACUAUUUUCCGGGUAAGAGCAAAAGCUCAAUAAUGGCACACACCAUUACGGGAUUGCCUGUGCCCUUUCUCGUGCAUAUGUGGUCUGUCUUUCAGAAUGGGUGCCUUGUUGAGCCGUGAGUGGUUGGAAUUGUCAUACGACUUCAACCGGAACGUCAAGAAUGCCGAGCCCAGGGAGAGAUGGGAUGAAUGUCAGGGUAUGGCAAGAAGCACACUGAAAUGGGUCAGACAAUGUGAACAGCAAAUCAGCGACGGAAAGGGAGAACAAGAGAUCUUUGCGCUGUCCUUUUUCUCAGAUCGUCGCUCGUGUUGUCCUGGAGGAGUUCGACCCGAACCUGAAAGCGGUGGCGGACGCCAUGGUCGCCAACGUGAAAGCUGCCUUUCGCGAUGUGCUGGACGAGAUCCAAUGGAUGACCAAUGAGACCAAGUGAGUGCAUUGAGUGCAUGCCGAAGCGCACGGAAGCUCUGCUGGCAUGGUGGGUUGCUCAUCCAGGGACGUUGCGUACGAGAAGCUCGAGAAGGUCUGCAACACAUCCGUCCACCCAUGUAUGUGUGCGGGUCUUUCUGUCUGGGUGUAUCGAGAAGGUCACUUACCAGAUCGCCAAUCCCGCAUGGAUCCUCACCGACGAAGAAUAUCGCGUCAACUUCGAGAAGAUCUACGGUCCUGAGACGGCGGCCGCUGAGCUGGAUGCUCAUCUUUUCGAUGCAACUCUAUACGUCCAGGAACAGACGGUAUGCGAGGGAGCGACCAAUGCUUCACACUUGCGCGCUUCAAACCUCUCCGCCUUGCUUACUUGUCAGCAACGAUACUCUGUGAGUUUCUUCGGGAAGCCAUUCGAUCGUGAAGUCAUCGGCUGGUAUCGCUCGCCCAUUGACACGAAUGCCUUCUACGUUGCUGAUUGGAACACCAUGUGAGUGGGACGAGGUGAAGAUUGGCGUGCGUGCAUUAUCAUGCGUGUAUUCUGCAUGUCCUGGGCAUCGCAGGACCUUUCUUGCCGGCAUAUUGCAAGCGCCUGUGUUCUACCCAUUCAACGAGAGUGAUGACUCUGAGAACGCCAUUCUCGCGAAGACGGUCAGACGACCAAACAAGCGUGUCUCUCUCUCUCCCUCUAUUGAAGUCUUUGUCUUUGUGUGGAUGUGUCAAUGUCUCGGCAGGCGAUCAACCAUGGUGGCAUCGGGGCUGUGAUGGGUCACGAACUAAUCCACGGUACGUGAGCAUACAGGCAACUGACGAUUGAUGCCGCCCAUCCAACUGUCCCUCUGCUUCGCAUGGCCGUUUGACAGGGUUCGACACAAGAGGCCGCGAGUACAAUCCCGACGGCCUGCUGUUCAAUUGGUGGAGCGAUGUCUCUCGGGUAAGUAAGCGACGUCAUGUAUAAUUCGUCGUGUACUCACUCUCUCUGUCUCCCUCUCUCGCCUACGUGAAUGCAGACUGAGUUCGAAGCCAAGACUGACUGUGUCGUCGCACAGUUCUCCGAGUAUGUGGCCGUCGAAAAGGGGGAGCUCGAUGACCUGCAAGAGGACAUCAAAGUAGAUGGCUUGCUCACCGUGACGGAGAACACGGCUGACUUAGGAGGGAUCUAUCUCGGCUACAAGGCGCUACUCAAGGAGCUGACCGAAGAGCAGCUGCAGAUCAAGCCGCUGGAGGAAUACGGACACGACCUCACUGUCGGACAGCUGUUCUUCCUGGGCUGGACACAGGUUUGGGCAUGCCACGAGACGCGGCCCGAAGAGAGGAAGAAGCGCGUCGAGAGGGACUAUCACGCGGCUGCAGCAGUGCGGGCGCUGGGGCCGGUCUCCAAUCUGGCUGAGUACUCGAAGGCCUUCAACUGCCCGCCGGACUCGGCCGUCAAUCUGCCGGCCAGGGACGAGCAGUGCAAAGUGUGGUAGAUAGGGGGGGAGUACUCCGUUGUGUGUUCGUUGUACCUGUAUGAGUGUGUCUCGCGAAUCGUUUGCACGACUAAGGGCUGGCUGUUCAUAGAUAUCGACGUGUGUUUAUAGCAGUGUGUUGUCCUUUUUGGAGAGCUCAGUUAUUGUGGUGUGGGCGUGGAUGAGGUAGGCAUAGUUUCCGAUCCAGUGAGGCCAAAACGGACCCCUGCUGAGGUAUGUGCGUGAGUGAGUGAGUGAGUGGGCGAGUGGGAAGGGGUUUAUAGAAGUAGCUGGAGUUGUUUCUGUCAGCUAAGUUUGCUGAAGGCCUCAAUGACCUAAUCAACGUGCUGCGUCAUGCCUGCCUGCCUGUCUGUCUGUCUGUCUGCCUGACCACAAUGGCUUGGAAGACAUUAAGUAUUUGUGAGAGAGUGACCAGUCGGGGUCCUCAAGCUUCUUCUUUGUCUCUAUCUAUUGUUCGUGCUGUCUGUCUGUGUACUGUCUUGUCAGCAAUGUGUGUGUGCGUCCAUGCGGUUUAUCUCCCGUAGAUAUGGACACAGCUUCUCCAUAAUCGAUAAUAGACAUGAUGUGGACACAUGGAUAUUGGCAUGCUCACCUGAGUCUUUUCCAGGCCUGCCUGCCUGUCUGCCUAUCUAUCGGGUCGGUCUGCGUGUGUCCGCACAGCGACGAACCAAUCAAACAGACAGAAUG